UGGACAGCAGCUGACAACGAAGAAAAGCGCUGGGCAUCCUUUGGCCCGUCGGCUGUUCGAGAAAGCGACGGAUUGCAGGAGGGAUGGGUGCAGAUUCAAGAGGCACGAUGGACACAUUCACGAACAGCUACAGAGGACACCACUCAUAUUGAUGGAGGCAUAACCACAUCAGGUGACCGUUGGGAGCUGGGGCUCGCAGGUGAUGUGCAGAAGGGCCUCGAGUACUAUGACAAACUGACAGUCACCGAAUUGAAAGCAUGCCCCACACAUUUGGCUGAAGCUGUUUCAUUGGAAGAGGCAGGGAAACUGCCAACAGGUCAGCCUCCCAAGCCAGUUGUGUCAUGUGGAAAUCACAUGGCGGACGCCUGCGAAGACUGUCCGCAAGGCAACGGGCAGCAGUGGUGCAACGGAGAUUGUGUCUGGAAUUUCAAUCUGUCUGAGUGUGAGCCCAAGCCGCGCUCGGAGCCUGGCAACUUGUCGACAUCUUGUGGUAACCACUUUGCGGCAAGCUGUGCUGACUGCCCACAGGGGCAUGGUGAGUCGUGGUGCAAUGGCAAUUGCGACUGGGACAACGAGAGUAAGUCCUGCAUAGCGACGCCUCGGCGCUUAGCUGUCUUUCUGGAUUGCAGCACCAGUCCCGACCUGCAAGUAGAUGCUGCAAGUCUGGUCAGAGUUGGAAUUUUGUUGCUUGCUGCACUGGGGGCUCUAAUCUAG